UGCCUUUUUUAAUGUUAUGCAUAUUUUUUGUUAACUUCUCAUCUUAAGUGGAUUAUUAUUGUUGUAUUUAACCUUUACAUUAUUUGUUGGACCAUGGUAUUAAUAAAAGAACUACAGGAUAGUAAGAGCUGAACUGUUGCUUCAUUUAUCCAAUUUCCACUACCAUGAAAAAAGUGGGCUGGUCUUGAGCCUGAAAUUCCCGGGCUGAAAAGUGGCCCCACUCCGGCCCUGUGUGGGUGUGUGUGUGUGUGUGUGUGUGUGUGUCUCUCUCCCUGUGUGUGUGUGUGUGUCUUUCUGUGUGUGUGUGUGUGUCUGUCUGUGUGUGUCUCUCUCUAUGUCUGUCUGUCUGUGUGUGUGUGUGUCUCUGUGUGUGUGUCUCUCUCCGUGUGUGUCUGUCUGUGUGUGUGUCGCUCUCUCUCCCUGUGUGUGUGUCUGUCUGUGUGUGUGUGUCUCUCUCUAUGUGUGUGUUUGUGUGUGUCUCUCUCCCUGUGUGUGUGUGUGUGUGUCCUUCACCAAAGUAACCCUUUCCUGUGGUAUUCAUCUCUUGUGAUGUGUGUGUUCUUCAGGUGUGACUGCAGCAGGAUGUCGUCAUCUGGCAUCCAGCUCAUGAGGGCCCGGCGCCAGCAGCUGGUCCUGGACCUGCACCUGCUGGCCGACCCCGGGGACUCUCUGCUGCUGCAGCACACGCUGGACCGCCUGCUGCGCCGGCUGUGCCCCAGCCUGCACGUGUUCCACGUGUCGGAGAGGGCCGCCCCCUUCAGGGGCCGCGGCGCCGCGGCAGGCUUCCCCUCUCUGGCCAUCACCUUCUUCCUCCAUGAGGCCUAUGGGGAGGAGCGGAUCCUCAGGGUGCUGGACUUCCUCCAGCGCCCCCCCUGGCAGUACCACCACACGGAGAGCAGCGCGGCGCCGCCGGGGGUCCCCCCAGCGGCGUCACCAUGGCCCUACCUACUGCCCAGCAGAGACUUCUACAGCCUGGGCGCCGGCAUGCCGCUGUGGGGGGUCCGGCCGGUCCACUGCGGGGGGGAGAUCCUCAGAGUCACGCUGCACAGCGGCUCGAGGAACCUGAGGGGCGUUCACGAGACGGUGCUGCAGCGGCCGGCCGAGGAGCAGAAGACGGGCUUCUGCUGGUUCACGCUGCACACGGAGCCCGGGCUGUGCCUGCAGCUGGCGGUGAAGCAGCUGCCUCCGGGCCCUCGGGUGGAGCCCUGCAGCUCCGCCGUGCUGCAGUUCGUGGUGGAGGAGAUCGGCCAGCUGGUCCCCCUGCUGCCCAACCCCUGCACCCCCAUCAGUGCCACCCGCUGGCAGACGGAGGACCUGGACGGCAACAAGAUCCUCUUCCAGGUGAACGCCCCGGCUCAACCUCAGCGACCUCUGACCUGUGCAUUCCCCCUGACCAGCGGGAGCCCUCGAGGGAUGCAGCUGCACAGCCUGUCGCCCUGCAGCCUCACGGCUCCCCGGACCACACACAAGCCAGCCCACCGGCUGCUCAGCGACUCUGUCCUGGAGAAGCUCCAUGAUGAUGAUGGAGGAGGAGGAGGAGGAGGAGGAGUCGAGGGACCAGGAAGCUGCUGCAGCUCCUGCUCCUCCUCCCAGCGCAGCAUCCCCGCACCGCCCUCCACCACCAACCCCCCCGACUCCCCCCUGCGCCCCUCCAUCAGCCGCUGCCUCUCCCACCUCCUUCUGGAGGAGGAGGAGCCGGAGACCAACGUGGACACGGGCGUCCGAGCGCUCGCUCGCUCCUCCUCCUCCGCGGACCUCCCGGCGCCGCCCCCCCCCCAGAGACCUGCCGCUGUGGGGCGUCUGGCCAAGGAGCUGAUUGAGUGUCUGCCGCGGACCCCCGUGCACCCGGGGGUGGCCUCCGGGACUCGGGGGUCCUCUGGGGGUCCCGGGAGGGGCAGCAGGACCGCGGCAGCAGGACCGGGUCCCUCCACCGGCCCGGCGGCGGGGACCAGGACUCCAGCCGCGCUGCUGGAGGACGAGUUCUUCAUCUGACUCCGGGAACGACCAGAGGAGGAGGCACCCGUUGGGUCUGAAGUGAUGCAUUGUGGGUACAGAGAAGAAAGGCCCCGUUCCCCUCAAAGGACUCAAGUCUCUACAUUGAAACCACGGAGCAGGUAACAUCCUCUUGAAUGUUUACUUUUACAUUGAGAUCAAACUCAUUGUUUGAGCAGCUAUUGUGCUCAAAUGAAGCCGUGUGUUAAUGUCAGGUACUAGAGCCAGUUUACGCACAUGCUCGUGUUUUAUUGAUCGUGUUUUAUUGAUCGUGUUUUAUUGUUUCAUGGCCUUUGAGACAGACGAUGAUCUUUAUGACACUGAAGUCUGAUUUUGUCUGAUUGUCUCCACAGUGCAGCAGUCAGUCUGUCACAGGCUGGACAUAUAUAUAUAUACAUUAUAUAUAAUGUUUAUAUAUAUAUGAAAUAUAUAAUCUAUAUAUUAUAAUGUGUAUAUAUAUAUAAUAAUAAUAUGUGUAUAUAUAUAUAUACAUAUUAUUAUAUAUAGUAAAACUAGCCUGGUGGCUUUUGAUUACAUUUGUUUAAAUGCACUUCUAAUCCUCUUUACUCUUUAUUCGCGUGUUAAAUGUUCUAGUUUGAGGCUAAAUUACGUUAAUGUUCCAACGCCAGUCUGUUUACCUCGGAUAGCUUUGAGUUAGCAGGAUCUUCUAAACAACUACUUAAGUGACAUUUUGACUUGACAACAAAUCUUGUACUCUAUGUUUGUUUAAUCCUAAUAAUUGAACCAUGAGCAUGAGCGAUGUCUUAAAUGGCCCCAUGUGCUGAGGGGCAGCAGACGGGACUCAAACCCACAACCUUUUUGCACAGUGCGCAUGAUCAUUGUGAUUAUAGCGGUUUAGAGCCCAGUCUGACAGAGGAGAUAUUGUUGUGAGGCAAGUCUCUUCUUCUACACACACGUCUGUAAAACCUUUCAUCGUGACCGAGGACCGUCUCACAGUAACUCCCAGGUAAACCUGGCUCUGCUUUAGAGCCCUUGAGCAAAAGCUUUUGAGCUGCUGGUCCCCAGGGAGGCCGUUCAUGUCUCUGGAGGUUUACCGUGAAUGAGUGAAGAAGACGAGCAGUCGGGAGCUGAGAGUCGUCCCGGGUACGAGGCUGAAGGCUUAGUAUUAAAAGAUGAAGACGUCAUCUUCUGAGUGCUGAGUUCACGGAGCUGUGUCACCUUUACGUCAUAAUCUAAAGCGCACAGCGCCCUCUGCUGGUCAAAGACUGUUGUUGCUUCUGAUUUAUUUGUGUGAAAUCGUUUGUAAAACAGAAUGAGGUUGAAUGUGAUCAUAGUGGCUCCACAAUUCCCUCCAGUACUUCACAUUUCAUAUAAUCUCAUCCUAUGAACACGAUAUCAUGUUGAAUGGUGUUGCUCCUGGAUGGAUCACAGCCAACACUAUUAUUUAACAACUCCUUGUCCUGUGUCCACACCACUUAAAAGAAUAAACUUCAUAAUUCUGA